CAAACGGGAGCAUAAAACCCUAGCACUGUGCUGGAUCCUAUAAAUUCGUUUCUUUAGCUGGGUUUAGGGUUUCUUCGCUGUGGUGAGGGUAACGUAAUAGCUUUGGCGGAUUAUCUCGUCGAAAGGACACGACCGGUAACCAUGGUGGCCGCCAAGAAGACCAAGAAGACUCAUGAGAGUAUCAACAACAGGCUGGCUCUGGUUAUGAAGAGUGGGAAGUACACCUUGGGUUACAAGACUGUACUCAAAUCUCUCAGGAAUUCCAAAGGGAAGCUGAUCAUCAUUGCUAACAACUGUCCUCCCCUUAGGAAGUCUGAGAUAGAGUACUAUGCAAUGUUGGCAAAAGUUGGAGUUCACCACUACAAUGGCAACAACGUAGACUUGGGUACUGCCUGUGGAAAAUAUUACAGAGUAUGCUGCCUCAGCAUUGUUGAUCCAGGUGAUUCCGAUAUCAUUAAGAGCAUGCCUGGUGACCAUUAGUCCAGGAGGAAAUUCCCUCUAGUAUUUUAUCAAUUUUCUCCUUGCUGGGUUGGUUGGGCUGUGGGUUUUCAGUUGCGAACUAUGAUACUUGUUGACAAGAACAAUUUUGUGUGGAACUUGUGAAGCUCCUAUUGGUAGCCCUUUUAGUAGUUUUCAUUUAAUCUGAAAUUAUUACCUAGAUGAAAUUUCUUGCUGGAUGUUGACCUUAUACGAGUUCUUUCCUGAAAUGGCGCAAUUUUAUAUUACCAUUUUACA